AUGCUUCGUCGCACGUCGUUUAAUUUCACAGGGCGUGCGAUGAUUUCGCGCGGCAGCCCCGAGUGGUCGCAUCGUUUGGAUCUCAAGAAGGGGAAAAAGACGACAAUGAUGCACAAACUUGGCACCAGUAAACCCAAUAAUGCAUUGCAGUAUGCACAAAUGACUUUACACGACCUUACGGAGUGGUGCCUCGCUUACUCGCCGUGGCCUCUCACCUUCGGUUUGGCAUGUUGCGCCGUAGAAAUGAUGCAUGCAUAUGCUUCUCGGUAUGAUUUGGAUCGUUUUGGUAUUGUACCGCGUCCAACACCCCGUCAAGCAGAAAUUAUUAUUGUCUCCGGCACUGUGACAAAUAAAAUGGCUCCAAUCUUGCGGAACAUAUAUGUUCAAAUGGUGAACCCCAAGUGGGUUAUUUCCAUGGGAAGCUGCGCUAACGGUGGUGGUUACUAUCACUUCUCCUACGCCGUGCUCCGAGGCUGUGAAAGAGCAAUACCAGUUGAUUUCUGGAUUCCCGGUUGCCCUCCUUCAGCGGAAAGUCUUGUCUUUUGCUUGCAUACAUUACAGAAGAAAAUACGCUGGCACGAAAUUCAAAAGUAUUCUGUUCGAGAUUAA